AUGACUGAAUUGGCCUCUAAUGUGGGCUUAACUUUGCCCAUGGAGUUAUCAGAGGUAUCUGGCACUAAAGAGCAUAAUGAGAAAGAGGAUGUGUGUCAACCACUGAAAGUGUAUUUGAGAGUGCGACCCUUCUCCAAGGCAGAGCUUGAAAAUAAUGAAAACCAGGAUUGCUUGACUAUUGAAAACCAAGAAACAGUAACUCUUCAUGCACCUAAAGAAUCGGCUGCAAUGAAGAACAGUGAAAAGGGAAUUGGGCAAUGUGCACAUCGGUUCACCUUUACUCGGGUUUUUGGACCAGAAAGUACUCAAAGUGAAUUUUUUGAAGGCACAAUGAAUGAGAUAAUAAAAGCAUACAUCAAUGGAGUGAAUGGGCUUGUGUUUACCUAUGGCGUUACAAAUGCUGGCAAAACAUUCACUGUUCAUGGUUGUCCAAAAGAUGGUGGUAUCCUGCCUCGUGCUCUUGAGAUGAUCUUCAAUCAUGUAAGAGGAAGACAGUAUCAAAAGAUGAACUUAAAGCCCUGCUUCAGCAAUCUUAUCAAGAGGUUGGAUGAUCUGCAGACUAAGCGAGAGGAAUCCAUAAAAGCUGUGCUCCUUGCCUCUUUGAAAGAGGAGCCUGAUAAUUCUUUCAAGCAUACUGCUACUUCGGGUGCACCAGAUUGUAAUAAGUGCUCCCCCAGUCUUGCUUUGGACCAAUUAGAUUCUGAGAGGAUUAACAAGUAUCAGAGAACACUGUUGUCUGUCUGGGUUUCUUUCUUUGAAAUCUAUAAUGAGUACGUCUAUGAGCUACUGGACUUACUGCCAACAUCAAAAAAUCAAAAGCGCAAAGUUCUGAGGAUCUGUGAGGAUCAAGGAGGAAGUUCUUAUGUAAAAGACUUGAAGUGGAUCAACAUAAAAAACAUAGAUGAAGCUUGCAAAAUAAUUAAAAUAGGAAACAAAAACCGAAGUCUGGCAUGCACUAAGACAAAUCAGCAAUCAAGUAGAAGUCACAGCAUCUUUUCUAUCAGACUGAUCAGCUUGAGUGAUGAGGCUAUGCCACAUGUUCUUGGAGUCUCUGAACUCUCUCUCUGUGACCUGGCUGGAUCAGAACGAUGCAAUAAAACACAAAGCUUUGGAGACAGGCUUAAAGAAGCAGGCAAUAUUAACAAUUCUCUUCUUAUCCUUGGAAAAUGCAUUGCAGCUCUGAAACAAAAUCAAAACCCUAAGUUAAGGCAGGCAUAUAUUCCCUUCAGAGAGAGUAAGCUAACCCGCUUAUUUCAACCAUUCUUCUGUGGUAAAGGCAAAGCUUGUAUGGUAGUUAAUGUUAACCAAUGUGCCUCUACGUAUGAUGAGACCCUGCAUGUAAUGAAAUUUUCUGCUGUAGCUAAGCAAAUUAUUCAAACAUUUCAACCUAAAAUCUUUGAUUAUUUCCCCCCACAAUACAGUGGGAGGGAAGGUAAGCUUACAGUGCAUUUUGAUGACAUAUCUGCUGAGGAGCUUCCAGAUGAUACUAAUAUAUCUUCCUCGUCCUCUGAAGAAGAAAUAGAUAUUAGCAUUAUGACCCAUGAGGAUCUCUUGAAAACUACUGAGUUCCUAAAGGAGAAACUGAUUUCAGAAAGACAAAGCAAGUUACUUCUUGAGGUGCAGGUACGGAAAGAGAUGGCAGAAGCCAUGUUUCAGCAGCUGCUGGAAACAGAAGAAUCCUGGCGUAAGCGCCUGGAAGAUAUGAAAGAAAGCUAUGAAGAGAAACUGGAGAGUAAAUUUGAAAUGUACAAGGAGGCUAUAAAGAAGCAUGCGUAUAUGUGUGCAAUGGAGCAAAUUGAGGAGCACUAUGUUCCAGUUGAAGAGUUCAUAGCUGAACAAGCAAAGGUUGAGGCUCGAGAGAUGAAAAUACAGCAGUUGAAACUGAAGUUCGGAGAUCCGAAUGCCUUUGCUUUGGAAAGUCCUAAUUCAGAUACUACAGAAGGGGAAAUUAAUCCAGAUGUUAAAUACAAGAUGAUGAUGCAGAGAGCUUCAGAUGCCUUGUCAAGGCAGUGUGAGGAGAAAGAUGAGUUAAUCAAAUCACUGAAGUUGAAAAUGCAGAAAUUAAAUGAAAUGUUACAAGAUGCCAAUGAUGUCUAUAAAAAAACUGUUGAGGAGAAUAAUAGACUGAAGCAGGUGAUAAUGUUCAAGGAACAAGAGAUUGAAGGUCUUCAAAACUGGGCUAAACGUGUCCAUGAACUUGAAGCCACAGUAUCUCUUCUGCAAAAAGAACUAGAUGAAAGCAAGAAAAAGUUUCUUAAUGUGGAAGAUCUUAAGCAUCGAAAAUCCAAGAAAGGCUUCUUUUCAAAUCUGAAAUAUGCAGUAGCUGAGGUUCCUAAAACAAACAGCAGCAAAGACUCCACAAAACCUAACUGGUCGCCCACAACACUGUGCAAACAGACAGUAAUGCAUAAAGUAAAAGAAUCUCUCCAGUCUUUUUAA